GGUGUUACAUAUUUGCAACCAAGGUGUCAUUGUUAUUCACUUGUGGAGAAAUCUUGCUUACAGGCAUCCUAAGCGCUUAGGAGUGCAGUGUUCAGACAGCUCCUCUUGUCCAUGGGUCUGGUUGCUUGGAACUAUGAAAGAGAUGGCCACAAUACUGUUUACUCAUCAAAUCUUUCUGGUCCUCUCUUUGUCACUAUGGCAAAAUGCUCAGGGUGAAUCUCUUACUCUGUUGCAGUACCCAUCAACCAUAAUGAAGAACUAUGGGGAAUCAGCUACCAUCUACUGUGUGCUAUCAAAGGUAAACUUCACUGAUCACAUGUGCCUGGUGUGGUACAAGUAUACAUCGGGGAAUAAAAUCAAGGUUGGAGAAAUCCGUUUGAAGACCAGUAACAUAUCUGCUAAUGACCAAAUUCAAUUGUUAUGGAACCUUGACACGAACACAGCGAUAAUGUCAAUUCAGCAACUGAAAAAGAAUGACUCUGGAACGUAUGGUUGUGAACUGCUUUCAGUUGCAGAUUUUGUUAACAUCGAGAAAGCAAAUACAACAAAGAUCACUGUUAACUUUACAGAAGGACAGCAGACUGCUUCAGAACAAAUAAACAGUACAAAAAAUGUCACAGAGUUAUCAAAAAAAGGCAAAAUUGAGAUCAUCGUUGCAGCAGUGAUAGCUGCUUUUGUCAUCAUCUGUAUAUUAAUUUUCAUUUUAAUCAGAUACCGACCAAAAAAACAAGAUCCUAAUCCCAGUCCCCCAACAGCAGAUGCCGAGUGUCAGAAGCCAAAUGAUCGUAUCUCCACGGUGUUCUCCAUUGACUAUGCUGUACUACAGGUCCCUGGGAAAAAUAUCAGACAGAAUCUAACAACUUCUGUUGCCUCUGAUGAUUCAUACUAUGCAACGAUUAUAUUUGCCCCUGAAUAGCAAACUGCAGGUGUGGAGAAAAUCACCAUUGAUUUCAGCGUUUGCUUUGUUGACUGCCUAGCUUUGUGAGGUCUUAGACAUCACAUUACAUAAUCACAUCACCUACGUCUGAAGAAGGGUUUCGGCCCGAAACGUCACCUAUUUCCUUCGCUCCAUAGAUGCUGCUGCACCCGCUGAGUUUCUCCAGCAUUUUUGUGUACCUACAUUUAUAUUCUCUUUUACUCAAUAUCACAACUUAGGCCAAAAGUAGGUCUAUGACCACUGGGUGAAAAAAAAAAACCUAGGCCAUUUAAUCCGAAAUAAAAAAUACUGGAAUAAGUCGACAGAUCAGGCAACAUUUGCGGAACGAAAAACCGAUUUAGUAUUUCAUGUUGAAGCAUCCAUCCGAAUGUGGUGAUCCUGGAGGGAUGAGGGAGAAUUGAGAAGAUACAGGAAUUUCAUGCUGGAUUCUUCAGUACAGCUUCAAGAUGAUCUGAUUGAAACAUCAUUCACUCGCAGCCAGAUGGAACAACAACCAGACGUGCCAGCUCUACCACCACCAACCUUCCCCUUCUUUGGCGCUGAUUGUAUUCUAAACUUUGCUUGUGUUGGUCAUGAUCUCAGAGAAUGGGUGCUGGAUUAAAAUCCCCAUUGAUAACACUGUACAUAUUUCUAGUGCCUCCAAACAUGAAUGGCAUUUUUAUGUAGCACUCUGAAAUAUUUAAAAUAUUCUUCUGUUAAUCUGAGAGCCUAUUAGUUUGUAGUGGAUAUUUGUUACUUUACAAUGCCAUAGCACAUUCAGAUGAUUUAUAGAGUAAUACUGGGCAUGUACAUGCACUUUGUAAGCUGUAAGAUGGUGCUCUGAAUUUCAACAUUGAUAUCUCAGGUGCUCACACUUUUUUUAAAAAAAGGAUGUGACUAAAUAACCGUGUUAUUGAAUCGUCAAUUAAUGCAGUUUAUCGUAAAAACAAGGAACUGUAGAUGCCAGUUUACAAAA